CUUGUCACGAAAAGCAGUGACUGAUCGUCAUGUGAAAUGUUGCAGACACCGAAUCCUUGCAGAAGCGUGUAUAGUAUCCAAGGGAAGAGCAGCAGUUCUGCCCAUCUACACAAAACUCCUUCAGCCACCCCCAGAAGUUCAAAAGAAAUAAGUCAAGUCGAAGCUGAUUGAGAGGCAACAACAGGGAAGGGCUAAAGUGGUCACUGGGUGAAAGUGGUGUGGAGCCUGGUUUCCAUUAAUACACAGCCUGGCUUAAACAAAAACAGAUUGUGUCUGUCUGUACAACGUGAUCAAUAAAGAACACUGCCAGGACCUGAUGUUGUGUGCAGUGUUUGCUGGCAGCAUUCAGAAGCAGGGAUCAGCACUGGAGGUGCAGCAAUUAAUGCCACAAUUCUUCAGAUGAGUUCGUGACAUGAAUAGACAAAAGAUUUUGGCCUUCACCACGAAAUAGUCUGUGGAUUGGUUCAAGUGGAAUUUCUGACCAGCAUCACGGGAGAUUUACACUUCUCCAACAGAGACAAACACCAUGAACACAUCAGACAAUGGAAUUAGCAGUUCGUGUGCAAUCUGUGGAGAUAGAGCAACAGGAAAACACUAUGGUGCCUCCAGUUGUGAUGGAUGCAAGGGUUUCUUCAGACGAAGCAUAAGGAAGAGCCAUGUAUAUUCUUGCAGAUUUAAUCGGCAAUGUGUCGUUGACAAAGACAAGAGGAACCAAUGCAGAUAUUGCAGAUUGAAGAAAUGUUUUCGAGCUGGCAUGAAGAAAGAAGCUGUACAGAAUGAGCGAGAUCGAAUAAGUAACAGACGGAACAACUAUGAAAGCUGCAGCUCACCUUCGAUCGCCACACUGGCUCAAGCUGAACUUCUAUCUCAUCAGCAGAUCUCCCUCUCGGUUUCGGCAGCAAGCACAGAUAUCACCACAAAGAAAAUUGCCAGUAUUAGCGACGUCUGCGAGUCAAUGAAGGAACAGUUGCUGGUUUUGGUGGAAUGGGCAAAAUAUAUUCCAGCUUUCUGUGAACUGCCAUUAGAUGAUCAGGUUGCUUUGUUAAGAGCACAUGCUGGGGAACACUUACUACUUGGAGUGGCAAAACGAUCCAUGUUAUACAAGGAUGUCCUAUUACUAGGGAAUGAUUAUGCCAUACACCGCAACAGUCCGGAAAUAGAAAUUAGUCGCGUGGCAAAUAGGAUUUUGGAUGAGUUGGUGCAGCCUUUCCAAGAAAUUCAGAUCGAUGACAAUGAAUAUGCCUGUUUGAAAGCAAUUGUUUUCUUUGAUCCAGAUGCAAAGGCUUUAAACAAUCCAUCAAAAAUCAAGACAAUGCGUUACCAAGUGCAAGUUAGUUUGGAAGAUUACAUUAAUGAUCGACAGUAUGAUUCCCGAGGGCGAUUUGGAGAGCUGCUACUGCUGUUACCUACUCUUCAAAGUAUAACUUGGCAAAUGAUCGAACAAAUCCAAUUUGUCAAACUUUUUGGACUUGCUAAAAUUGACAACUUGCUCCAAGAAAUGCUGCUGGGAGGUACAGCGAAUGAUCCAUCCCAUCUUCAUCAUCCUGGGCAUCCUCAUGUAGCUCAAGAUCCACUGACAGGCCAAACUAUACUGAUCAGUUCAAUGCCUGCAGCAGCUCACACUGAAUCAAUGUCUACACCAGAGACCCCACUACCAUCUCCUCCACAAGGUUCAGGCCAAGAACAAUACAAGCUUGCUUCAAACCACCACUCGGUCAUUUCUCAACAAGUGCCACUACCGAAGCAGAAGGGCUUGUGAUGUCAACCUAAAUUUAUGAAUGUCGGUUUGUGCUUUCUGUACACAUCCGACACCAGAAGUAUGAGUGAAGCUGAAAGGUGGAAAGUGACACUGCCAUCCUGUACUGCUUGUAAUCAUGGCUGUUUAAUUUCUUGAUGUUGCCAAUAAUGUUUUUUUUUGUGUGUGUGGGGUUUACCAUUUCAGGAGUAAAAUGCUAUUGCUCUUAAACACAAGUUGCAAUCUCAGGUUGUUAUUUUAAAGGUUAAACUCGUUUGUAUCAUGACAAAGCAACCUUGGUCCACUUCAAAAGUUGGUGUUGUAACUGUUAUAAAUUAUAGAUUAGAUUUAC